AGCGAAACUUGAAAUUGUCUUUUUAUGGUGUUGGUUGAGCUGAGGUAACUUGUGAAAAAGACACAAAUAGAAAGAGAACUGGACAUAGACGAGAUAGAACAAAGAAGCUUCAACAAAUUGCAAGCAUGAACCUGCCUGCUUGACCUUCAGGAAAGCUUCAGAAAGCGCCCUACAUUAUCAAAAACUCGACGAUUCUUCCGCAGUAACACUUGGCCUUCUUAGGGUUUCCUUGAUGAACUGCCAUUUGCUUUGGAAAAGAUGCAUGGGUUCUCCACUGUUGAUGGCUUUGUGGAGAUAACUGAAUGCUUGGCAGAGAUGAUUAAAUACGUUGCAAAUGAACCCUCAGUAGGGCUUUUCUAUAUUCAGCAGCAUACUCAAAAUGCGGUGCCCAACGUCAUUACUCUCAAGAAUAAUGUUGUGGAGAAAUCUCGAGAGAUGACUUUGCACGCAGAAGAUUCAGAGGAUUCCAUCUCCAUGGUGAGCUCAAUGAAAGAAUGUGGAUUCCCCAUCGCUGAUGAGAUGAUUAGAGACAUCAAAAAAUCUCUAGUGAUCAUGUCCACAAAACAACCAAGAAGAGGGUUAAUCCAUAACCCAGCUUCAGGUUUUCAGAUGGGAAGAACUAGUUCUUGGGGACCAGCUGCUUGGGGUCGGAGUGCAGUUUAUGCCCAAGAGGAUAACGAAAGAAGAGGUAGUUAUUUUUCAUCUGUCUUCAAGUCAGCAAGACAAAAGGCCAGCAAUUUCAAGUGGCCCCAACAUGAUCCACGAGAAUCAAUACAGGCCGAGGGUGAGAAGCUACUGCCAUAUCCUACUCCAACACUCUCAGUGACUUCUGCUAGUACUAGCUCAUCUGUGCCGGAUGUGGAAGUAGAUGAGCUGCCCUUGUCAAGUCGGAUUGAAGAUGAGCCACUUAAUGAAGAAGAAGAAGAAGAAGAAGAAGAAGAAGAGAGUGAUGUCAGCUUACCAAGUCAUAAUUUAUCGUCAGUUUCAGAAUACUUUGAUGACUUCAAGGCUGAUAAAGAAGCCAAACUGAAGGAGUGGUUGGAAGGGACUGACAACCCGGAUAAUCAUAGAGACGCUAGUGACGCGAAAGGGCUUUAGGUUGACAACACUCGGCCACUUCAAAAUUAUAUCUGGAUACAGAUUAUGUACAAAAGGUAUAUGGUGCUAUGAGAUAUUCAUUUUGGGUUGUUUAAAGGGUAAAAGUAAAAAUUUCUUCUCAUAUUUUUCUUGGUUCUAUAGACCUUGAACACCUCAUUGUAGAAUGGUGAUUUCCACUAGUGUACUAUUGAAAGCUAUGUCGAUUUUCAAUAACAUGGAUCUGCAUUCUCUGAAUGGAAAAUAUGAUCGGGCAUCUGCUUUCUUA